AUGAUGAACACUGCAGGCAACGCUACGCGAGCAGCUCGAUCACUGGCCAUCAUCGUCCAGGCGGCACGACCGGCCGUGCGUCGUUCUGCUCAGCCUUCCACUUUUGUUCGCACUUUGGCCAGCUCCUCCCGAUGCCUGAGCAAGGACGACAAUUUUGGCAAGGCUAAGCCGCUCGACACGCCUCCAUUGGCGUCCACCAAGGAGGAUGUCGUCGUACCUUACCCUCAGGAUAGCUCGCGGCACCCUCGUGACGAUGUCGGACACAACACUACCGGUGGUCGUGUGGGGCGACACACUCAACGCACCCUGGCAAGCUUCUCGAUGGAGAACAAGGUGUGCGUCAUUACAGGUGCUGCUCGUGGUAUCGGUAACCUGAUCGCUCGUACCUUUGUCGAAUCUGGCGCCAACAGCAUUGCCAUUGUCGAUCUCAAUGAGGAAGAAUGUCAGCAUGCUGCCAAGGAGGUCGAGGAUUGGUUUGUCCAGCAUGGCGGUGUGCAGCCCGGCGAGCUCGACAUCCAGGGCUACGGCUGCGACAUCUCGGACGAGGCACAGGUGCAAGACGUCAUCGGCCGCAUUCACAAGCGUUUCGGCAAGAUCCACGUCGCCGUCAACUCGGCGGGUAUUGUCGAGAACUUCCCUGCCACCGAGUACCCAACCCCCAAGCUCAAGAAGCUUUUCGAUAUCAACAUCAACGGCUCGUACUUUGUCGCUCGCGAGGUAGCCAAGCGCAUGAUGGAGGAUGAGGUCCGCGGCUCGAUCGUCAUGAUCGCGUCCAUGUCCGCGUCGGUGGUCAAUGUGCCUCAGGCUCAGGCGCCCUACAAUGCUUCCAAGGCAGCAGUCAAGCACCUGGCCAAGUCGAUGGCGGUCGAAUGGGCCAAGGCGGGCAUCCGUGUCAACUCGCUCUCGCCCGGCUACAUGCUCACGUCGCUGAGCCGUGCUGUGCUCGAGAACAGCCCGAACGGCAAGCAGCUGCGUACCACUUGGGAGAACCUGACACCCAUGGGCCGUCUCGGUGAUCCUGAGGACUUGAAGGGCGCCGUCGUUUACCUGUCCAGCGACGCUUCCGCCUUUACCACCGGCGCUGAUCUCAUCGUCGACGGUGGCUACACCUCGAUUUGA